AGGCCGUUUGUUAUCUCCGGGAGAGAACCGGGGACGCGGCGCGGCGGGGACACAGGCAGCGUGCGCGCGCAGUUCCUACGUGCACGCGCAGGGCGGCCGGUGAUUUUCGUCCAGCGUCUGGGCCAAUCAGAAGAGGAGAAACGCAGACAGAGGGAGCCCAUUUUAGUCCUCCUGUUGGUUGAUUAAGGUCCAGAGAAGCGGAGGCGGGUUUCUCCUCAUCCGUUCGCCUGAUUGUCGAGUCGUUCUGGGCGAAAACAGCGGAACAAGAUGAUGAACCACAGCUCAGCUGAAGGAGAGGCGGAAAACACCGAACCUCUGCGAUACCUCAGCAAAGGAGAAGCAGCAGCGAUCGAAGCAGAACUACUGAGGGACUAUAGGUUUGGACAGCAGCAGCUGAUCGAGCUUUGGGGACAAGCGUGUGCUCUGGCCAUAGCUAAGGCUUACCCUCUCAGUUCUCUCACAAAGAAGCAGCCGACAGUGCUGGUGAUCUGCGGUCCAGAACAAAAAGGCUCCAUUGGUCUUGUUUGUGCACGACACCUGCGCAUGUUUAAUUUUGAGCCGACCGUCUACCACCCGAAACAUUCUCCGCACAGUCUGCACCAGGACUUCACAGUGCAGUGUGAGAAGAUGGACAUCCCCUUCCUCUCAUAUCUUCCCACAGAGGUGCAGCUCAUAAAUGAUGCCUAUAACCUAGUAAUUGAUGCCAUGCUGGGCCCUGAAGCAGACUGUUCCAACAUUAAGGAACCAUACUCUGGCAUUCUUGUUACCCUGAAGCAAGUCAGGAUCCCCAUUGCCAGUGUGGAUGUGCCUUCAGGCUGGGAUGCAGAAGAAGCAAACCAAGAUGGCAUAAACCCCGAUGCCCUCAUCUCACUGAUGGCACCAAAGAAAUGUGCUAGUGCUUUUCUUGGAAAGCAUUUUUUGGUUGGACGUUUCCUGCCCUAUGACAUUCAGAAAAAAUACGAGCUCAAUCUCCCAGACUUCCCUGGUACAGACUUCUUGGUCAAAUUGUAACUCUAAAACAUGAGUGGUGUGGCCACUGGACCCUUGUUGGUUUUAUAUACAUUGUUACUGUUGGUUAUUAAUGUCCAUAUUUUAGUUGUUUAGAUCUAGAUUCAAUUUAGGCAAAUGUGUAGCUGAGGUACCACAGAAAGAGAAUAAUUAGAAACCGGGUCAUGGGAGAUGACUUCUAAGAAAAAGCCACGAGGAGUCCGCUGGUAAAAGGUGUAGCAUUGGUUUUCCCAAGAAAGAUUCCUUUUCCAUAACGCUAUUAGCUGGAAUGUUUUUUUUCUUAUAAGAAUUAUUAUUGUUUACCUUGAAUUGACCUCACUCCAUGAGUUGGCUUCUGAAGAUGACAAGGGGUUACUUUGCAAUAAAAAAAUUCUUGUUUAAAUGA